AGAUAAAACAGGCUGGGAUGCAGUGAGAAAAUCCAGGAGUGAUUAUCCUGAAGGUUCAGGCUUUGAAUCCAACCAUGUUCCUGGAAUAAUGCAGCUCCAUAAAGAAACUCCCAAGAGCCCAGCUUCUGCCUGCCCCCUCCUUGAGAAAACGCCACCCGUGAAGAGUCCUCCUCCUCAGCCGUUAGAGGAUGUUGAGCCUGUGUCUUCUACGCAGGAGGAUAUGUUUGACCAGAACAGCACAACAGUUGGAAUAGCUCCAGACAAUGGUUGUGCCAUGUCUAGGCUGGAAGAGGCAAAUUCUCCAUUAUCUACUCCUGCUGAUCCUCUGCAGGUCCUUCACCUCUCUGGACAAGGGCCUCUUUCCAAUUGUGCUUCAGGUCGUGCUAGAACAACUUCUGAAGUCUUACAGCCAGUGCCUUGUAUUGUUCCAAGAAGCCCAACUGAACAGGAGGCUGAAGGAAAGCAGGAAGAUGCACCACUGAAGACUCCAGGCGCUCUUGAGGCAUCCAUUCCAGUUUCUCAAGAUGCUUUUGUGCUGCAGUCCAUCCCCACACCAUCACAGCCUGAGUUUUCUCACGACACCUUUCUCCCAUCUCCAAGCCUGGAGGAAGGCUGUAAGACAGAAGCAGAGAAAGGAGAAAAUUCUGAUGUCUCUACCCCAGCAGAUGGCUCUGAAGUUCUGGAGGCAGCAACAUCAGCCUCUUUUGCAGAAGCUCCUCUGCCAGGGCCCCUAGAGAAAGACUGUGUUUUGGCCCUCUCUGCCAGCGAAGGUAGCCAAUUGACCGCAGUGGAGGAGAAGACUGCUGUAACUGUUCCUUGUGCUUUGGUGGAGAAACUUUGCUUGCCUGAUGACUGUAGUGAACAGGAGGCUAAUAAGGACAGUCAGCCCUUAUUUGUACAGUCAGCAGGAGGCACUUCCAGUGGUCAAGCUUGUGAUGACCUUAGCAAUCGAGGCAAUGUGUCAAGCAAGACAUCUUUGCUCCUGGAGUGUGAAGCUGUCCCAGAGGCUCCCUGUGAGAAGCCAGGAGAAGUAAAAUUGCUGAAUGAAGGGCUUUCCCUUCAUUUGACAAUUUCCCGGGAAAGAAUGGCAGUAGAACAAGUGGAAUAUUCUGUAGUUAGAGAAGCCAUUCCAAAAAAUGAUUCACAAGCAGCUGGCGAGCUGGCACUUGCUGGGUCAGGAAAGCAAGAUCCUCUGGACAAUCCCAGCGAGGCUGCGCUUGAAGUGCAGAGCAUGUGCCGGAGCAUUAGUCCAGGAAUGAUGCUGAAGCAGUCUGAUUCUGAGCCCCAGCCAGAGCGGGAAAGGAGCCGGUUCCAAAGAGCCAGUAUUUUUCCUGGAGAGAUUCUGCAUGCUGAUGUCCUUCCAGGUAGGGACUGGCCCAAGGGGCAGCAACCUGUGCAAGAGCAGAGCUGGCUGCUCCCACAAAGGGAAAGGGGCUGCUUUGCAAGGACUGAGCAGGAUAAAAUGGCAGAGACACAAGCAGUGUGCCAGGAACAAGGUCAAGGCGAGCCUGGCAUGCUUCCUGGGAAUUGUCCUGUGUCUAGAAGAGAUGCUGAGGUGAGGAGCUUGCCCCUUCCUAGGAAGCAGAGAGAAGUGGUAGGGACUGAGCAGCAGGGCCAAAUAAUGUGCCAACAGGAGCCAGAUGGGCAGCUGUGCAAAAGGACCCUUGAUCCAUCUACUAGCUUGUCAAAUGAACCUCCCUUUCGUAUCUCGUUAGCGAAAGAGAGAGAUGUCUUUCAACCCCUAACAAGUAUCACCCCCCCUCUCGUUGGCCAGCAUAAGAAAGGCCCCAGGCACAGCACUCCCAUUGUGGUUGGAAACGAUUCAGACCACCCUGUUGUCGCUGCAGAGGGCACAGAUGGCAUCUCAGUGGGGGGCGCUUCAGUUAGUGCUGCAAAAAUGGAGAAGAGCCAUCAAGGGAGUUCUGUGGUUGCUUGUGAAGAGAAAGGGGGGCUCUCUUUACGCAGGAGCCUUGUGACCCCAAUGAUGGAAGAGAGUGAGGAGCCCCUGCCUUUCAGCCUGGAGAAGCCUGAAGCUAAGGAAAGGAAAAACGGGCUGGCUGCAACAAACAAUCCCAGUUCUCAGAAAAUGCCGUCUGUGUUCACUCGAGUCUGUGGAACUCAGCCAGAAGAAAAGGCUCCAGGUCCAGGGGAGCCUUCUUCACCGUUCAGGGAUGACUUGUUCAAUUUUCCAAGUUCCCAAGAAGAAGAUGAGCCAUGUCGAACCUGGCAGGAUCAGCAGAAAAGUGUGUCCUUGGGUUGCAGACAAGUCCUGCCUAAACAGCAAUCAGAGGUGGGAGAGGCCAUGGAUAUGGAUGUUGCCCAAUUUCAGCAGGGGGAGAAUCAGAGAGCCCCAAAGAAGUCAGACCCAGUGGUGGCAUCAGAAGGGAAGACUGAUGCUCCAAAGUCUAGAUCCAGAAACAGCCAGCAUGCCCAGACAUCAGAAGAACUUCUCGAAGGUCCGGCAGGCUCUGUGUCAGCAGCCACACAGACGGCCUCUGCCAUUCAGGUGGAAAUAGGCACCAGCAUGGCUUGCUCAGCGCCUCGGCAAUGCAGCGCUAGCAUACAAACAGAGAAGGACUUUGUGUGGCAGCCUGGUAGUGCUCCAGAGGCCCAGCACAAUCAGAAGGAAGAAGAAUUUGAACUGCCCCACCCACCAGCAGGUAGAGUCCUACAGCGCCAUGUGAGAACAAUUCGUGAAGUGCGCACUCAUGUAACACGGGUCAUCACAGAUGUUUACUACAAAGAUGGCACUGAAGUGGAACGACAGGUGGUUGAGGAGAGAGAGGAGCCCCACGUGGAUUGCUAUGAGUGUGAGGUGGACGUCUCUCCUUCCCGCACUGGGGCCUUUUCUCUAACCUCUGGAGACCUUGGAGAUAUCAGCUCCUUUUCACCCAAGGCACCUGGACUUCAGCGCACUUCCAGUGGAGGAAGCAGUGCUUUGUCAGCCACUCGUAGUGGUCCAAUCUCUGGCCAAGGGGCUGGGCCUCUUAAAGAGGGAGCAUGCCAAAGAAGGGGGUCUCAAGACUUGGACUUGCCUGUGGCCAGAAAGCCGAGCCCUAAGAAGGGGAGUGACUUCUACCCAGCCCAUCAUGACCAUGGCACAGUUGCAGUAUGUGAGGAGGUCGAAGACCAUGGCCCCAGCAGCCAGCAGUUGAGAAGCGUACCUCUCACUCCCCGUGGGCGAGGGCGAAGGGGCCGUCCCACUUCCCGAUCAACUGGAAUGAGGGGCACAGUGCAAGCAGUGGCAGAUCUUUCAACAACAGCCUCUUCAGAUGGAAAGCACAGUACAGGCCAAUGUCUGGAGGGACAGGAGCAGGCUGAUGCUUCUCUGCGCCGCAGUGGCUCCCCUGAAAUCCCUUUGCAAGAUCAGCCAAGUCUCUCUGAUAAUCCAGGGCUCUCUUCAUCUGGGAAUUGCCUUGUGGGCCUCCGGGUGGUGGCCAAGUGGUCAUCCAAUGGCUACUUCUACUCUGGAACCAUCACACAGGAUGGUGGGGGGGCCAAGUACAGGUUGCUCUUUGAUGAUGGCUAUGAAUGUGAUGUUUUGGCCCGAGAUGUCCUUCUGUGUGAUCCCCUCCCUCUGGAAACAGAAGUGACAGCUCUCUCGGAGGAUGAAUACUUCAGUGCAGGUAACCGUCUGCUGGCUCAGAAGACACCCACAGUCUCAGGUGGUGGGAUGAGGGCAGGGAGCAAGAUUGGGGGCCCAGCCUGUAGUUUUUCCUUUGCUGCAGGUGUGGUGAAGGGCCAUCGGAAGGAGUCUGGAGAGUUGUUCUAUUGCAUUGAGAAGGAUGGACAGCAGAAGUGGUACCAGCGGACAGCGGUCAUCCUGUCUUUGGAGCAAGGGAACAGACUCCGGGAGCAGUUUGGGCUCGGUCCUUACCAGCCUACCACACCUCUGACAAGGGCGGCUGAUAUCAGCCUAGAUAAUCUGGUGGAGGGAAAGCGGAAGAGGCGCAACGUUGGCUCACCUGGUACCUCCAGUGGCAGCACGACUCCCAUCCGCAAGAGCCCAGAGACUCUUUCCGGUAAAAGGAAACUAGCUACUGCCUCAGAAGAGGAGCAGUCUCCAGCCAAGCGAGGGCGGCGACUAGCUCUUGCUAAACUAGGAGCUGCAAAUGCCAGGGAGAUGGCAAGCCCAUCAGUUAGUGGAAGGUACUCAGGAGAUCACUUGGCACCUGAUAACCAAUGGGGUCCUUUGCCUCAGAACAAAACUCUUUUUUUGGGUUAUGCCUUUCUUCUCUCAAUGGCAAACUCAACAGAUAAGCUUUCUAGUCAUCAAAAAACUGCAGUGAGCAGCGAAGAAGAAGAAUUCUUGGAGACAAUACCUUACAACAAACCCUACACUGAACUACAACUCCAAGCAGGAGGAGGUUUCAUCCUAGAGGACUUCAAUGAAAGCCAGUGCAGCGCAGCCUAUCAGUGUCUCCUGAUAGCAGACCAGCACUGCCGCACCCGGAAGUAUUUCCUGUGCCUUGCCCGGGGAAUACCGUGUGUGUCUCACAUGUGGGUCCAUGACAGCUGCCACGCCAAUCAGACUCAGAACUACAAGAACUACUUGUUGCCAGCUGGCUACAGCCUGGAGGAACAGAGGCUACUGCAGUGGCAUCCACGAAAAAAUCCCUUCCAGAAGCUGAGAGUGCUCCUGGUAUCUGAUGAAACACGAAACUUCUUGGAACUCUGGUCUGAGAUUCUUACGAUGGGAGGAGCUGCUUCUGUUAAGCAGCAGGAAUCCUCAACAUGGAAGAAAGAUGUGAGUUUGGGUGUGUUUGAUGUGGUGGUGACUGACACUUCCUGCCCAGCUGCCGUCGUGCAAUAUGCUGAAGCAUUACAUCUGCCAGUGGUAACGCAGGAGUGGGUGAUCCAGAGUCUCAUUGCUGGGGAGACAGUUGGAUUUAAGUAUCCAAAGUAUCAGUAUGAUUAUGUCCCAUGUUAAAACUCCCUUUUUGCUUUGUGGCGAUUUUCAUCCUCAUCUAGGUUUUAAAUUUUCUGUGUUUGACCUAUGCAUGUAGUGCUUGUAUAUAAUUUUAAUGUGAACUUUUAUGAUAAAAUAAACAUUGAUUUCUUAUCUGGG